AUGCCAGUACCAUCUCAACAAAACCUAUUGCCGAGUCAUGACCACUUGUCCUUACGCAAGGCAUUCUCGUCGUUGGUCGCCGCAUUGGAUAGGCACAAUGAUAACUGGUCGCAGACACCAUCCUUUCAGGAGAAACGCAACGAGGACCCAUUGCAAGCAGCCAUUACCAGUGAAGGGGUUCUUUUUUGGAGGGAGUUUUGUACAAACAGGGCGUACAAUGACGACGACCGGGUGACACCGGAAAAGCUGUUGGAUUAUGUCGACCUCAUCUGCCUCCCAUACGACAACUUGCAACAGAGACAUGGCAUCGCCUCAAAUGUGAAUGGAGCCUAUCCGCCAUUGGUGCUGAGUCUUCAGGCGCUUGUCCGUCCCGUUCUCCAACUUUGGGUCCACAAGGGUCCACUUCUCGACGAUGUCUUGGAGUUUUCGCAGCAUACAUACACGGAAGGGAGCAUCGCCAAGGAAGGAGAGUGGGAGAGAGAUGGUCAGGACGACAGAGGUGACAUGGACUACCAGUCUGAGGAUUGGCCCUCUACGCCUCGAGAGGUUGACCUUGCUAAUGGAUUCGAAGAUGAGCUGGAGGGUGAGAACAUCGACUGGUGUAGAGAGACUGCCGUUGUACAGGAAAACACACUGAGACUGAUGUUCGCAAAGGAAGAGCUGGACUCAGCCAAAGUCCCUUCGAACCCUUCAUCAGCCCCGAUGAAAAACCCCUUUAUUUCUGCAUCAGCUACAACAACACCUACUUGGACGCAUGGGCGGUACAAGGCCGAUGAAUUCGAAGCAACCACGAUGUACAACAAUCUUCGUAUCGUCGACAACAAGACCCCUACCCCGACAUACAACCUGGCCCUUACUGACAACGUCGUCGAGCUGCUGGAAGAGUGGCGAUUUGGACUGGACAAUCAAAUGUCGAUCCAGGAACUCAAUAAGCAGUAUGGGGCUCGGUGGCGGCGGAAAGAACAGGACUAUUAUUACCAUGCGAGGAUAAACAUUGUGCUCGAGUUCAAGAGGCUGGUCUCGGAGGAAGGGAUGGAGGACGAUGAAGCCGUGUCAUAUCUGGUGACCAAGCAAGGCAGGAAGACCGCAAGGACCUUGUAUAACGAACUUUGCCAGGAGAGGUCAGCGCGAAACAAGAUCGCAGGGAAGAAGGUCUCGACGCUACCGGGUCCAUCUUCCUCAUCAUCCUCCUCGGCAAAGACUUUUCCAGACCUGGCGGCGGUAUCAUCCUCUAGCGGUAGUACCAGCAAAGCCUCGAUCACUUCAGCUGAACCCGCCACGCCUUCAACCAAGGAUGCAGGCGUCACGAAACAGGCAGAUUUAUAUCUGUCAAAAGGAUCAACCUCCAAUAAUCAUGCCGCCAAAAGGGAACCAGUAGCCCCCACCGCCACGACCACCAAUGCGUCUACGGGUCUGCACAAGUGGCGCCUAGGAGUCAAGAACCAGCCCCAAUACUCUGCUCCAACUCCCGGUAUGCCUGAGGUCUGGGACGAAGUGGCGCUAGACAGGACGUAUCGGUUCCCUAUGUUCGAUAACAUUGUGACGGUCGACGACCUAUGGAAGUUCUGGACCCAAGGUUGGGAUGGUGGUCCUUCGGUACGAGAGAGGAGUGCGGAGCAUGGAGCUACCUGGAGGAAGACCACCUACGAUCCAACGAUUGCCCAAUGGUACGCCUCGAGAUACAAGGUCGUCCAGGAGAUCAGGAGGCUGGUCGAACGGGAUUGGUUAGAGUCCGAAGCGGUAGAAGGGAUUGAGGCGCUACGGGAGAAUCGAUCGAUGGAGGAACUCGCCAAGUGCCUGGGCUCUUUGAACGACAUCCCGGUUGCGAUCUCGAAUGCCACAAGACCCAAUGCUCACACGGUUAUGAUGGCUCAGGCUAGAAGUGCAGCUUUGUCAGAUGCAGGAUCGGGAUCAGGAUUGACACCUCCUAUGGGACACGUUGGUGGACGGUGUGCCCCCCGGGCCCAAGCUGCGACGAUAAUUCAGGAACCACUGGCGGAAGAGAUGGCGGCUCCAGUCAUUUGCGGCCGAGAAGAUCUCGCGAUUACAGUGUCUCAGUUCAAUAGACGAACCGGAGAUGGAGGUCGAUUUGGGCCAAGUACCGGUGCAACAGCAUCAACAUCAGGCACACUCUCACGGGGGACUACUGAGACAACGAUCCCAUUUCGCACUGCUACUGACAACACGAGGCCGCCUCCUUCUGGUUCUUCGUCGUCGUCGACGCCGAGCAGCAGGCGGAGGAGUAGGAGUCGUGGAACGGGUGUGCCAUUGGAGUCCAUGUCAAAGUACCUGACCAAUCAGCGGAAACCGAGGAUACUAGUCAAGAAGGAGGACAGGGAGUAA